CAGGAUUAUUUCCCCUCCGACCGUGUGGGUGUGGGUGUCGGUGGUGUGCCAGCGCAUACAUACGCACAUACAGUUACAGUGGUGACAUGCAGAUACCGGAGGGUGCGGGAAGGGAAGGAUGAGAGAAGGUUUCAUGCAAGACUUUCCCCUCCAUGUGACAUCACGACUGGUUCCCUCCAAUCGACGCGAUUCCAGGCAGGCAGAUCUGGGAAAGCAAGUUGGGAGCACUCCAGUCCGCACGGAGGGGACAAGAGAGGAGGGGAAGGGAGAAGAUAGCAUCAUCCCCCCCAUUCACCGUAUCUAAAUAAAGUUGCAGACAGCCUUUCUGGAGCACGAGCACUUAAAGCUGCAGGAUUAGCCCAAUCAGGGGCCCCAUCACCACUUGAAACCCCGCAGCAGCGCUUCCUGCUGGCCCGCCAAGGCUGUUGCUGAUACUGGACCAUUUUGACGCGGACCACUAGCAGGGAUUGUUGACACUUACAAGAGCGCCCGACGCUGAUGCCCGGUCCGCGGACGUGUCUGGGCUGCCUGGCCGACAGAUAACAGUGCAUGUCAUGGCCGCUCAGGUGACGGAGAAGCCCGUCAACAUCCCCGACUCCACCGAAAGAUCCGAGCACGGCUCGCUUUUCACGCGGGCGACGGUCCAGAUCAGUUCCCGGCGCCUAUAA